AUCAAUUAUAGCAGUUUGAGAACGCAAGAUUCAUGGACUGUGCAGUAGGUUGAAGUAUCCACUCUUAGAACCCAUACUGUAUGUAAUAGCCCUUCGUCUCCUAGAAUAUUCACCUCAAUCACUUCAAUAUCACCUUCAAUCGGCCACAACAGAAUCUUCAAACCUUCUCUCUCCAUAGUACAAUUGCUUCUCACUUUAUACUUCAAUCCUCAAUUGAAGCACACUCACGACAGAUACAAUGGCUCAACAAGUCGACCCCGAUCAGUUUACGACCCCUUUCAUGCCGACCGCGACCAAACGUCGUGACCCAUACCCAGCUAUUGACCCUUCCAAGCCAUCAAACUCACAGAAGGGGAAGAUCAUAAUCAUCACUGGAGCUAGCGGUGGACUUGAAGCCGCUGCUGCAAGGGUCUGGGCUCGUGCAGGUGCUACUGGCAUCGUGAUCGCAGCACGAAGAAUUGAUGCACUUGAGAAAAUUGCGACCGAGCUCAACAAAAUCAGCCCAUCGUCCAAAGUUUUACCUGUCAAAGCAGACAUUACAUCCGAAGAGCAAGUGAAAAGCCUCUUUGCCUCAGUGCAGACCACCUUUGGAAGACCGGCCGAUGUUUUGAUCAACAAUGCUGGAUAUCUCAAAGAUGACCAGCUCAUUGGAGAGACUGCCCCAAACGAGUGGUGGACUGGAAUCGAGAUCAACCUCAAAGCUCAGCCCGAACCCAAGAAACCAACUGGGACGAUCAUCACCGUUUCGUCUGGACGUGCAGGAAUCACGGCUGAAGGAGGUUCAGCAUACAACAUUAGCAAGAUCGCAGAGCAGAAACUCAACGAGCAUCUCCAGCUAGAAUACCCAACCCUUCGAGUCUUCACUACAAUGCCAGGAAUCUCACCCACGGAAAUGGCAACCCCUUACUGGUUGCAGUUUGCGCACGAUCACGAGGAUCUGACCGGCAUGCUCGCGCUGUAUCUUGCGCAGCCGAGAGCAGAUUUCCUUAAAGGCAGUAUGGUUGGCGUGAACUGGGAUAUCGUUGCUGGAAAGGUCUUCCAAACGUCUUGGUUGCCGAUCUUGCCAUUCAACGGUGGCAAGGGAUUAGGGGCUUAA